GCCACACGUCUGUCCAUGUACCACCUUGACCAGUGUGGAGACCAAGUCCCCCUCGCCUGCCUGCUGCAUAUAAACUACGGAGUAGACGUCAUCUCCAUGGCAACUCUUCCAUUGAGCCAUUCAGAAACAGAAUCAGAGUCCCACCGAUAUCUCCAAGACUCCAUGGUUAGGGAAAAGAGUAGUUCUAGCAAGAUGACUGGCCGCAACCUGGGGGCUGCACAAGCCAAGGAGGAGGAGGAGUAUGUCAAGUCCCAGGUCGCCGGUGAGACGCUCUGCUUCCUCCACAUGAUGCUUCUGGUGACGCUCGGUCUCUCCAUGAUUGGUCAGGCGGGCAACACUUGGUCCCGCCACGGUCUCCCGACCCUGGACGUGCUGGUCACCGUGCUCUACUUCACCGCCAUCACCAUCGAGAUGCAGGUCAUCCUCGCCAUCGUCCUGAGCAGCGAGCCCCCGCCGUCGCGUCUUCCGCCUCCAUUGGACGAGUGGGUCAUGGCCACCGCAGUCUGGCUCUUCCUCGUCAACUACUUCCUCGGCUACGCCAUGACCCUCCAUGCGCCGGAGCCAACUUACUUCGACCUGACCCUUGCCGGGAUCGCGAGCGCCGUCAACCUGGCCAUCACCGUCUACAGCAUGCUGCAUCGCCGCAUGGAGGUUUAGGCGCGGAUGCAUGCCUGCUUGCGAGGAAGUUGGAUCAUCGGAAUCCGGAGAAUGGAAACCCCCUCUUGAUUUGUACUAGGCUGGCCCAGCAUUGCCAUGUUCUGUCUGUGUGUUGUUCGUUGGUUAUCCACUUAAUUGCGUAGUAGUACUGUUUGCAUUCACUGGAUUACAAGGAGGGAUCCGAGGAAUUUGAAGUUGGAAUGUGUGUGAUACUCUGUUUCGUCUAAGUUGGAAUAUUUGUGUUCA